AAAAAACUACUGAAAAGGAUGUUUUCUUGUUUCUUGAAAGGGCAUCUUUCUACAAAGCUUGCGUUGUAAUUUAAAUCACAAAAAAUCGUUUUAAGAUACUCUAGUUAAGUGAGGUCAAAUAAACUUUGUUCUUAUAUUCUGGCUGUAAUUUAAAUAAAAUUUGUGGGCAAGUUCAAAAUCAAACUGGUUAUUAGUGGGCAGUUGAGCUUGGUUUCCACUAUGGGUUAACGUGAGAUAAUUCUGAGUUAAAUUUAAAAUCAACUCAUGGUCUAAAUUCAAGGUGACUUGAGAUAGUGUGAAAUAGCGUGAGAUAACGCGACCUAGCUCAAAAUUAACCCAUGUACCGAUCCGGUUUCCAUUUGAGAUAGAAUUAAGUAUGGAAAUACCAGAAAUCGCACUUUAUUUGAGUCUUGCGGCUAUGGAGGGGGGGGGGGUCUUACAAGAACAACUUAUUUUACAUCUGCUUUUGAGAAUACGUAGAAGGAGGAGAUAUUUUGCUAGAAGUCCCGUUCGUGAUCUGCACCAAGGUUUUCGGUACGGAUCUGCCAAAAAAGAUGAAUACAACCACUUGGAACAGGAACUUCGAAAUGAGGACAAUAUUAUCCAUACUUUUCUUUUAGUAAAGAAAACUGUCUUCAACUUCUAAAGUAAUACUCAGUGCAAGUGCGUUGCGUAAGAACCUCGGAGCAAAUGGUAGCACAUUCAUCUCCCAUGCAUCAGCUACUUUUGAUAGGAUGUUAUCUCGCGUGAACUCGUGAAUUUGUAAAAAAAAUUUUGUUUCCAAGCUCAUGGGAUGACGUGAGUAAACAUGAGUUAAUUUUCAUGAGAUAAUUUUUAAUGUCAGAUCACAAAAUCAUUUCAAACCAGUGGUGGCGCCAGGGGGGGCUACAACCCCUCCGUCGGAAGCAUCUAGCCCCCCACCGGAGGAAAUUGUAGGUUAUUAUCGGAGCAAAAUUUGACAAAAUAACGUACGAAAACUGCUUAUUUUAAUCAUUUUAGUUGGUCCAUGCUUUCAGAACAUGCAAUUGCUGGACAUCUUGAACUUCAAAGUGGAGGAGAUGUAGGUUGUGACAAUAAACUUUAGUGAAAAUUGAUGCGAUGGUGAGGGGACUUGUUAAAACAUUAUCAUCCUUCGGGGGUCUAUCUUGUACACAUAAUGAUAUUUAAAGCAGUAAGAUUUGUGACCCAAAAACUUUUUAGAAAAUGAAUUCAAAAAGCGCUUAAAUUGAACUGCAGGAGACUGCAAAUGGAUGCUCUUAUAGAAUGAACAUCGCCAUCAAUUGACUGCUUUUACACAAUGUGACCGUCUAAUAUUGGGCGGGGGCUCUAUUUUAUACUGCAGGCAUCAAAAGGAGGCUGCAUACCCACUUUUUGCAAAAAAUUUACCAAUGAAUCACCAGUCAAGCCACUUUUUAUUUGGUUUUAGCCCCCCGCCCACUUUUCUUAACGCUUCGCGGUGCUUGUGCAGGGCUUCAAUGAGACAUUGAACUUUUUGGAGGGGACCGACCGUUGCCCUUGUUACCAAGAAAUUUUAAAUGCCUGGGAAUGCUGUAGGGAAAAGUCUUCGAAUGUUAAUGUGGAACUUUCUGGAAAAGAAAAGGCUUCAAUUAAUUACGUUUUGACUGUGAAUGCUGGCAGGUAUUUUCCAAAACUGAAUAAUGCUAGUUUAAAGGUGUGUACGGUUAAUAUUUGUAAUCCAUUACUUUCAAAUAUAGCAGGUGGAUCCAAAAACUUGAAAUUAAAAUAAUCGUGGUCGUGAAUAGGUAGUCUAUAUAUGAAUUUCAUUAUUUGUUGAAUCACCGGUGACUCAUUAGGUAAUUUUUCCCAUGAUCCUUGGCUCCCGUAACAACGACAACAACUUACUCGUUCGGGAAAUAUUUGAAAACAAAAUGCACAUCAACGAAUCCAGUUGCGAAGGAAUGUAACGAAAUGUUGUUUUUCUUUCAAAUAAGUAGAUAAUUUGGAGGAAAAGGGAAACUUAUAAAAAUGCCAGGGCUCUCAUCAAAUCAAGUAACCCUUAGUGAAGUUCUGGAGGUCAGAGGUAGUCCUUUGUAUGAAGAUGAAUUGUGGGCCUUGGUCUAUGAAAUAUGUGAUGCAAUCAAAAACAUUUUCCUAACUGGAAAUGUUAGGUAUUUACAUGGAGUACAUAAAGUGAUUUGCCCAGAAAACAUAAUAUUAUGUGGGUCUGGCAAAGUCAAAUUCGCAACAGCAACUGAAGAUGAUUUGGUGUUUGAUAGAAGAUUCAUUCCACCUGAAAAGUAUACUUUUAAGGAAGAUGAAAUUACAGACCUAGGGAUUGAAAAGAUGCUGAUUUAUUCCAUUGGGAUGAUAGUAUAUGCUUCCAUUGAAUAUGGUAGUCCAUCUGUUGCUGAGCUGUGCCUCAGUUCCGAGCUUGAAACAUUGCUACUCUAUAUGUGCGAAGAUGACCCAAAGUGUCGAUGCAAUCUUGCUCAAGUUUUUCAGGCUUGCAACACCAGAAAAGGAAUAUAUCUAUCAAUUGAGCGGAUCAAGUCUAUGGUUAAGUCAAUUUUGGGAAGUGAUAUACAAUUGGAUGAUUCCCCGACAGGGUCCGUAAACCUUUCUCUCACAUCUUCAGUAUUAAAGAUUUUCAGCCCCACUGGUGAUUUUGGACAACCGAUUCCAAUUGGCUCUCUUCAUGCAUUGACGCCGUUAAAUGCUACCCGAGUGAAUGAGGCAACUCAAUUAAGAGGUUUGCGUUAUGCCGAUUAUGACAUGCCAAGCAGCACUUCUCCUGCGACCCCAGUACGCCGCCUCAUUUCCACAUAUAAAAGCAUGGACAAUCUAGACUCCGGAGAAUCAUACGAACCUCUGAGAAGGAAGCCCGAACAUCAAACAGAGACUAAGAGUGUAGCUAUGGAAACCAGAGUACCUGUUAAGGAGGAAUCAUUGAAACAUAAAAGAUCUACUACUCAAGAAGGAGCUUUAGAUAGUCUACCCCCGGUUGGGAAGGUCGCAUCUUUCCCGCGCCCCGAAAACAAGUCCUCGACAUAUUCCACGCCAAAUUUUAAACGGUUAAUCGCUGCAGAAAAACGAAAGCUUGUCAAGGAUGGCUAUCUCGAUGAAGAGCGAAGUAAAAUAAAAUUUGUUGAUCCAAAGUACCAGAGUAUGCCAAGUCUUGUAAGUUCAAUGAAGAAUGAAUCGCCUAGAAGUGGCCCGGAAAGUGUCCGGAGUGCUGAUUACAACCACGGACACACGCAAGGCAGCUAUCGUAAACUGACAAGGUUUGCAAGCAAAGAUUCUGUCGACUCGCAGGCCACUAGCCAGUAUUCUUCAGCGAUGUCUUUAAACUAUGGAUCAUACACUCUAGAUGGGCCUAAAGGAAGCUCAAGGCCCACGAGUCUCUAUGGUGGAAGUUCAAGCGAUGGUAUUGUGAUGAAUGGCCUAGGGAGCAUCCGGCAGAAUCAGCUGGGAAGGCCAUCGGAAUCUUAUCAGGGUGGUCCAGAGUUUGUUUUCCUUCCAAAUGAUCCAGAACUCGCUGUGAUCGAUAUUACACCGCCAAGACUAGGCCCCAUUCCCCGUGGUAGACGGAAAAUCAGUGUCAUGCUUCCAAACGCGCAGCGGCUAGAAACAACAGUCGAGGUUUCCUCGAUUGUUAAAGAGAUCUUUGAAGAAAUAACCAGGUAUCUUGGAAUUAAAGAGACAGUUUAUUUUGGACUGACGCAGAUUAAGGAGAGCGAGCAUAUAUUUUUGAAGCUGGAAUCCAAGCUGACAAAGUAUGCGCCUUCUGGCUGGAAGGACGAUAAAAAGAACAAAGUGGAUUUUAUACUGCACUUUAAAGUGAAGUUUUUUAUCGACAACAUUGAUGGUUUACGGCAUUUCAAAACACGUCAUCUAUUCUAUUUGCAAAUUCGUCGAGAGAUUCUUUGUGGCUACACAUUUUGCCCCGACGAAGCAGCAAUAUCACUAGCCUCGCUUGCACUACAGGCUGAAUAUAGUGACUACGAGGAAAAAUACCACGGAAGGGCAUACUUUGACGCUGAGCAUUACCUUCCUCGACGGAUGCUGGGCAAGCUUCCAAGAGCAGACAUAUAUCAUAACCUGCCUCUUUUGCACCAUUCAUAUCGAGGCAUGCGAGAAGACGAGGCUGAAUUGAAGUUUUUAAAAGAGGCACAGAGGCUGAAGGAAUACGGAACGCUUUUCUAUAGAGUGUCUAGGUCAAAAAAGGACUCAAAAGAUUCAAUUUUACUUGGUGUUUGUGUGAAAGGGAUCAUUUUGUAUGAGGUUCGAGGCCAGAUAAAGUCGGAGAUUCAUCGACAGUUCUGGCAUAUGAUCGAGAAGUUUUCAUUCAGUAGAAAGAAAUUUGCGGUGGAGCCUAAGAAGGGAAUCGGCCUUCCAACAAUUACUCUUUAUACCAAUAGCUACAAAAUGGCAAAAUAUCUGCUGAAGAUGUGUGAGUCAUUUCAUCUGUUCAGCAAGUAUAGCCGACCACGAAAUAUUACCAAUGACAGUGCAAGCACCAUUGAUUCCACAAAAUCCAGUGAAGAGAGACAUGAUUCGCAAAAAGAAAACAGAGCUCCUCAGUCUUCAUUCCCAGCCCCUUCAAAUACAGCAGCAAAGCACAACGGGCAUUCUGACUCUAGCACACACUCAGCCCCGAAAAAGGGGAAGCAUAGUGUAGGUCACAAUGGCAGUGAAGUAAGACCGAAAGAUGCUCCAAAAGUCGAAACUCAACAGUUAUCACAUGUCAACGGAGUCAAGGAUGAUGAAGAAAUGUUCAAAGACUAUUCCCCGCGGACAAGGCGCAGACUUAGUAGUUUACGCGGGGUGCCCGAGAGACGUAUUGCUAUUGUCAUCCUGAAGAGAAAAGUUGGUCAAGGGCUUGGCAUCACGAUUGUUGGUGGGGAAGACUCCAAGCGCCUCAGUAAUGGCAUCUUGAUAAAAACAAUAAUGCCUAAUGGAAUUGCAGCGAAGGAUGGUCAGCUUCAAAAAGGUGACCGAAUUCUCUCUGUAAAUGGAAAAAGUCUUGAGCAGGCUACACAUGAUGAAGCUGCUGGGAUCCUUAAGAAUGCUUAUGGUGAUGUUCAGUUGAUUGUUUCUCAGUUCACCUCGGCAGGAGCAUCAUUUCUAGAUAAAACUGGUCUGUCAACACUUGACGAAGGAAACUUCAGCCCCACAUCAGAGUCACCCGAUACCGUUCCUACAAAGGGAAGGGUCUUUGAAACACAGAAUUCAGACAAUGGCUUGACGCUGAGUCCCAUUAUGAGAGUGGAUGACGAGCAAGAGCCCAAGAAGAGAGCAGCUGGCAAGGAAGGAAAGAAAUUAGUAAGGGAGAAAGUGAUUGUAGAUGAUAACAUAAGUGAUCAAUUUGAAGCCCCUGUCGAAGAGUGCCCAGUAAUGGCGGUAGAGGAUGGAGAAGUGUUAAACUCAACACCUUCACUCGGAGGGAAGACGUCUACAAGAUCAUUUAAGUCUGCGAGUGGAAAAGAACUUGCUUCUGAGUCUGACUCUGAAGGCAUACCAGUAACCAUACGAAAAAGAGAUGGCUCAUUUGGAAUUAACAUCGUGGGUGGGCUUGCAUCCGGCUUUACUUCUAAACACCUUUAUGUGCAGUCCAUCGAAAAAGAUGGCGCAGUUGCAGCUGAUGGUACUAUCCAAGUUGGUGAUUGCUUACUUGAAGUAAAUGGGAUCGACAUAAGACAUGUUACACACAAUAAGGCCGUUGAAGUAUUGCGAAAAGCCCCAACUGUGUCUACUCUUGUAAUCAGUAAAACAAUGGAAUUACAGCCGGAUGAAUUUGAUGGUGAAGUAUCGCCAGUGCAUGUAAAAAGUACAAGAACUGAACCGUCAAGACCUGACACAGUGGGACAGGACACUUUUGAGGUGGUAAUAGAAAAGGGCAUUGGUGGGCUUGGUCUAAGCCUCGCUGGAGGUGUGGAUGCAUCGCCGGAAUUUAAAGACCGAAUUAUGGUCCGGCGUCUGUUUCCGGGUCAGCCGGCUGCAGCCUGUGGCAAGCUCCGCAUUGGUGACGUCAUCAUUGCAGUUAACGGAACAAAAGUUAUCGGUCUAUCACAACAAGAAGCGAUUAAUAUGCUUCGGAAAGAGAAGUCCACUGUUACCUUGGUAGUGAAGCGGGUCCAUCCAAAUGAUAUACCAGAAGAGCUUCUAGUUGAAACCCCACGCGAGUCGCUCGAUCCAAAAUCAGUGCUGGAGAAUAUUCAGAAACGAAUGAGUGAAUCAGCAACAAGGGAAAUGCCAGAGAUACCUCUUAAUGCUACCAACAGUUUUGAGGACACUAGUUCAUUGCGGUCCAGAAGUGGCAAGCUUUAUAGCACAGACGAAGACGAGAUUGUUCCGUAUUCGGAAAGCAUACAACAUGCCGAACCUGAACCGGAACACAAAAUUAUCAAACAGUUGUCCGCACACGAAGUGUUGGUUCAUGCACAGAUUUCAAGUCCCAGACCCAAACAACCGAGUUCGGGUGCAUCAGUGAAUGAAAAUUCCAGAGAACCUGCAGAGGACGAAUAUGAAAACCACGAUUUGUCACUGCCAGAAUUACCAAAUAAAGACGAAACAAGUCUUAGUUUGCCAAGCUACAAUAUCGAAGACAACGAGGAGUCUCCGGAAAAUACAGAUAAUGAAUCCGGUGCACGCGCAGAAGAUCAGCUAAGCUUUACAUCUUUUACGUCCGCGCAUUCAACCAGCCUGCCAAGCUUGAAACCAAGCGAUCGGAACAGUAGUCAAGUGGAUGCUGCUGAUAAUAUUUCCUGCGGAGGAGCAUCAACCACCAGCAAGCCAAGUUCAUCCAAAGAAACAGACACUGCUGGCAGCAACCUCGAUUUGAAGUCUUCGAAAAGCGAGGCAUCUUCGAUUCUAGAUCGUGAGGUCAAGGAAUCAGCUGUUAUAAAACACAAUCCAGCAGAGCAAAAAUCUGAAGGAAAGAAGUUUGAAUACUUUGAAGUAACACUGACAAAAGGUGUUUCUGGUCUGGGUUUUACACUGGCUGGCGGCAAGAGCACUACAGGUGGCUGUUAUAUCCGCGAAAUCGUAUCGGAUCCUGCAAAGUCGUGUGGAAAGCUGCAAAGCGGGGAUCAGAUUGUGUUGGUUGACUCAACCGAUAUUAGCGAGUUCGAGCAUAUGAACGCCGUUGAGAUCUUGCGUGGAACAGGGAGCAGGGUGAAGCUUGGAAUCAAAAGAGAGCCAAAAGCAUCAAAGGAAAGAGAAAAUACAUAUGGGUAUGAAAUGGUCACGCUGAACAGGAAUCAGAGAGGCAGGCUUGGCCUUAUACUGGGUGAAGAAAACGGAGAGAUAAUUGUGGAAGACACUGUACCCGAGGAACCUGCUUCCCUAACGGGUGGCUUGCGUCACGGUGAUAAAAUUAAAGAAAUCAACGAAAUAUCUCUACAAGGCAUGUCUCUGCAUGACGCAAAUACCAUCCUUGAAGAAGCAUUUCCUAUAGUGCAAUUGGCCAUUGAACGCCGAAAGCAGGCGGUGCGGGAGUCACGUUAUGCUGUAGGUACACCAGGCAGUUCGUCGCAGUUCCGCGCGGAGAAAUCAAGUAGCUUGGAUCGUGACAAUAGCCUAAAUGCCGCGCGGAAAAUUUCUGGUAGUUUUAACAGGUCUCUGCCGCCAUAUAUCAGAAGUGACAGUUUGAGAAGUGACAGUUCGGUGUCGUCAUCGCCAAGGAAAAUGUCGAUUACGAAUUCGCCAGUUUUAAAAAGACUUGAUGUUGGGUAUAACGGGAGAACGCGAAAGACAAGUAGUCAAGCGGAAAAGGGGGAAAUCAUUUUGGUGCAGUUAGAAAAGGGCCAAGUUGGUCUUGGCAUGAGCCUUACCGGCAAUAAUGAAGUAGGGGACACAGAUGGUGCAUUUAUUGCCAAUUUGAACCCGGGCGGAGCAGCGCAAAAAAGUGGAAAGCUCAAGACAGGCGAUAAGAUCAUUAGAGUCAAUGGUGAAAAUGUUGAAAACAAACAGCAGAAAGAUGUGGUUGCAUUGCUUAGAAAAGCAAAUGGAGUUGUGUCAUUAGAGGUUUUCAGGCAUCCUGCAAGACCGCGUUUUGAAACAGGGACCUCAAGCAUUGCAAGCUCCAGUCAUAGCCAAGAUAAUGACGUCAUUUUAGAUUUCGAUUUGACAGAUAGUCACGGGCCUCCCGACGAGGCAGUGCUGUCUGACAAGUUGUUAUCGAUAUUACCAGUAUUGGAUAAGGAGGAUGAGGGAUCGAGACAAGUUAUGGCAUUAGACGAUUCCGAUAUACACCGUCAUAUGAACCGAGCAGUAUCAGCUGAAGAGGAAUUUAUUGCUGGUGAAAUAAUGGAAUCAAUGAAUGAGUAUGUUAAUGGUUCGGAAGAGCACCAUGAGAAUCUUAUAGAAAAUCAGGAGCCUGUCGUACCUUUUGAUGACCGAAAUCGUCCAUUGAAUGUCCGAAAAAAUUCCGAUGAAGCUAAUCUAUCUGUAGGUAUAAGGAACGAUUUGCCAUACUUAGAUGAUAAGACCAGUGUAGAACCUUUUAUGGAAGCUAGCAAAGAAAAUAGUGUAAACAAAAGCAUUCAAGAUUUGUCCUGGAACGACUCUGAGCUUUCUGACGAAGAGCAUUUGAAUCCUGCAAUCGAGAACCAAAACCUUGAAGCUAUGACUUUAGAGAAAUCAAGUAUUUCGACAAACAGUGCGAAAAAGGAAAACAUGCAUUUGAAUCUUAGAAGCGAUAGUACCCCAAACGAGGUUUCGACUUCAUUUUCGUCAACAUUCGAAAAGGUUACGCCAUCUUCGUCAAUUGUAAGUUCGAUGCUAGGCGAAAUUUCGCCUGUAGAUACGUCAGAUGACGAAGACUCGGAUUUUGACUUGUCUGCAUCGUUAAUUCCAGAUUUGAGUUCCUUCAAGCCUGAAGAUAAAGAGGCUUUUGAAAAAUAUUUUAAUCAAAAACAGGAUGUAAAGACUUUAGAUAUUGAAACGACCAAUGAAGAUGGUAAUAGAAAAGAAAGAGAGACAAAUAUUUCAGCUUUUGAUUACCAAAUAGAACUUCAGGAAAGGGAAGAUCAAAGUUUAGGCCAAGACCAGCCUGGGGAGCAGAUUAGAACUGACCUCGAAAACGAAAAGGAAUUGAAAAACCAGGAGUCUAUCGACUCUGGGCACGUGACUCAAAUUCGCGGAAGUUUCGAUCGCAACAGUGAGAAUUCGUGGAAAGACGAGGACAAUGACGUGUCCCUGGAUGAUAAUGAUGCGCAGUCGGAUUCUGUAGAUAUGGAAAUGGCGUUAGAAGAAUAUGAUAUUCGAAGAAAUGAGGAAUUCAAUGAUACUUUAAAAGAUCAAAUUAUGAACGAUAGCUCGACUGUUUUGACAAACAUUAAUGACCAACCCCAGAAAUUCGCUCCUGUAAAAAGCGGUGAAGGAAAUAAACAGGAAAGUGAUGCAGGCCCAGAAAAAAAUUACACUGCUGAAUCGAAGAUACCUAGAAUUGACCCAAAAAAGCUAUCAACCACGUCUAGUCCGCCACGUAGGUCGCCGGGAAAGAGCGGUAUUCCUAUUUUCUCGCCUCCAUUAUCGCCUUCAAAGAAUAGGGGCCUACUUGAAAUGAAAGAAAAGGGCGAUGUUAGAGAGACUCCAGGUGGAAAUCCACUGCAGAUGGAAACGACAUUUUCAGUUGAAAAGUCAGCUGAUCAAUACAACCAAGGAGACAUAGAUGAUUUGGAUAUUGGACUGCAUACUGAUAGCGAAUCAAGUUAUGAUUCUGAAGAUGAUAUUACAAUCAAUCUUACUGGUGAUACACUGGCAAAUGAUGAGAUAGACGCAAGUAUUCUACACUACCAGACGAUACUAGAAUCAGAGCAACUUGAUCGUGAAUUCCAGGAAGUUAAAGAUGUGAGGUCUGCAGAUUCUUGUGAUGUAGCCAGAAGAUCUGUUAACAGGGAGAAGAAUAGGUUUCGAAGUAUAUUGCCUUUUGACAAAACGAGAGUCUGUCUGGCUGGUGGAGAAGAAAGCGACUACAUUAAUGCGAGUCAUGUCAAGGUUCAAGCAAAUGGGAAACAGUUCUCUUACAUUGCUGCGCAGGGUCCACUCUCGAAUACUGUAGAUGAUUUUUGGCGACUGAUUUGGGAGCAGAGGGUUGAGACUGUCAUAAUGGUAACAAAGGAUGUGGAAGGUGGAAAGGUGAAAUGUCAUAGAUAUUGGCCGGAUCUGCCUGGUCUCGUCAUGAAAGCCUCCGAUAGAUUCAAGAUCGACUUGGUACAUAGAAAGGAGUCUGGCAAUUACAUCGAGAGACAGUUUUCUAUUUUAAACACUAAGCUCAAUAAAUCAGUCACGGUGAACCAUCUGCUAUACACAGCAUGGCCUGAAGGUGGAGUUCCAAAGGAACCUUUGCCGUUUUUGAUGUUUGUUAAAUAUGCCAUGGAAGUACACACCACUGGGUCACUGCUAGUCCACUGCAGUGCUGGGACAGGUAGAACAGGUUUAUUUAUCAUCACAGAUGUUCUGAACAAGCUUGUGUCCACGGAUCAAAAGUUCAAUAUAUUGGACAUGGUGAAAACAUUGAAGCAUCAGAGACAAUCCUUAAUACAAACAAAGGAACAAUACACAUUUUGUUAUCGGAUGGCUGUUGAAAUCUUGCGAGAAGAGAAACACCUUACAUAUUGAUUGCAAAAGCGUAUGUGUUCAAUGCAGAGCUUCCAGGUUGCUAAUUGAUUUGUUCCCCGCUGGUUUGUUUACCGGCAGAUGUGACAGUUUAUAUGAGUGCCAAAGUGCACCAAAAGUGACAGAGUGCCAAAAUGGAGCAGGUAUCUAUAUUGUCUGAGUGUCCACAUUCUGUAUCUAAUGCUUCCACCAAAGAAGGGGAACAGAAUUGAGUAACCGGCAGUAAGAAGACUUGUGCCGAAAAUGUUUUGGUAAAUUCCGUUAUAGCUACUGUAUACUGUUACAUUGCAGUUAAAGUUGGUACAUUAUCGUCAGUUCCAUUUGCACAAGACUUAAGAACAUACAGAAGAAGUUGUAUUGUCUGAUUAGCAUGUAAUAUCGAUCAUUCUGAGAAUAACAGUCAGCAACACAGGAGGCACUAAGCCGAUCAUGCGGCAUCAAAUUCAGGCAUCAAGGCCUGAUGCAGCCACGUACAUAAUUAGGUAGAUAGCAAAUCUCUGUGGAGGAGUGGCUAUUUACAAAUUGCAUUCUGCAUGUUUAAGCGAUAAUCAUCAAUGCCAUUUGUUUACGCGAUAAUCAGACAACUGCGGUUGGAUUCAUUGGUAGCAUAACAUAUUUAAGGAUUUGAUAUCAUUUGAUCUAAUUUUCCGGAUUUCAGCAGCGAAUCUGUGACAAACAAACAUGCUAAGUUUAAUCAACGAAUAACCACAGCUCAAGAUUGAGCAAUUUUUUCAAAAGAGAAAUACCGUUUCUUAACUUGUUUGUCAGCAGCUAGUUGUCGAUCUGUCACAGUGCAGAAACCUUGCAUGGUUUAGUAUUGCCCAUCGCCAUUUUGUUACCACAGUUUUUAAUAUAACUUGGAUAAUAGACGUACCACAGAAAGAUUGGGACAAGAAGCGAACUUCUCUUAAUGGUCAGAGUAGGGGAGUUUUGAGGGAGGGGCCGUGAUUAAUAGAGACCUAGGAUUUCUCCAAAAGAGAAUUUUGAUAAAGAAGUUUACCUUUCUCAACUGCAUUUCCAUCCAAUUCCAAGAGCAAAUUAUAAGUUAAUGCCAGUUAUCCUUUAAACAGGAACCUACCCCUCCCUUCACCAACAGGGGUAUUAUUCCUCUCACAGAGGCUCGUCAACCAAUGGGAGACCAACUUUUGAUUGAUCACUCUUGGUCCAAGGUAGUGUUUCAUGCCGACUACUUAUCAUUUUUCAUCCAUUUAGCUUUUCAAUUUGCUAUUUUUAUCUAGAAAAAAGUUUAGGCCUAAGAUAUCAUGAUAUCAUAGAUGUGACAAAGUUUCCCUGUCUGAGCAGAUUCAAUGGUUAUAGUUGUGUAUCCUUGUAUUUGGCUUGUAUAUAUUGGCUAAAAUGUCAUGGCAUAGAUCCAAACUGGCGAUAGGUACCUCGAAGACAUGGCGAAGAGCUCAAGAGCAUUCAGUGAAAACGCUUUUAUCCAUACCGAGUCAGGUAUCCGAGUCCGGAAUAACAUGUUCCUUUAUGGUUACUGGUCCGGAUCCAGAUGCUUUUUCAUGCUAAUCGAUCCUGGUAGAUUUUGCUUAUUAUGAAGUUAAGAUUAUUUAAACUAAAUAUUGGGUCCCUGCCUCGUUCCAUUACAAAUAUUUUGUAAACUGCAAGUUUCUCCUUUUUCUGUGAUUUUUACUAGAAUUUUUAAUCUUGCGAACAAUUUUAAUAGCAUAAAUGAUAAUGAUAAAUAUUAAUUUUAAACAAAAUGGGUAUAUCGUGUUAGUGAUUGAUAGAUUUUUGUAGAUUUCUCUUCUUGUAUAUUUAUUUAACAAAUUAUGUUGAUCAGGUUUUCUUUAGAAUUUUAGGGUGCGUAAUAAACGCGUUGUACAUAUUUAUAUAUAUUUGCGAUAGCGCUUGUUAGUGAACAUUUGAUAACAGAUAAGAAAGAUUUGAGUGAAUU